AUGCAUGCAUUUCGAUCAGCUCCGAGGGUUGCCUCGCAGUUUCGAUCCAGCGGUUGGCCCAGAUUUGUGAGGGGAAUUGCUACUGAGAGAUCCUAUGAGCACCUGCUUGUGUCUGUGCCAAAGCCUGGUGUAGGUUUGCUCCAGCUCAACCGCCCAAAAGCCCUGAACGCGCUGUGUACACCCCUCAUUCUCGAGAUCAAUCAAGCUUUACGCGACUUCCAAAAUGACAAGUCUAUCGGCGCCAUUGUUCUUACUGGCUCGGAGAGAGCCUUCGCGGCAGGCGCGGACAUCAAGGAGAUGAAAGACCUCACAUUCAGCGACGCAUACGGCAACGACUUCAUAGAGUCAUGGUCAGACCUGGUCACAUUCCUCAAGAAACCACUCAUCACUGCUGUUAACGGAUACGCGCUGGGUGGAGGUUGUGAACUCGCCAUGAUGGGUGACAUCAUGUACGCAGGACCCAAGGCUAAUUUCGGCCAGCCAGAGAUCAAGCUGGGUGUCAUACCUGGUGCUGGCGGCUCGCAGCGUCUUACCAAGGCGAUCGGAAAGUCAAGAGCCAUGGAGGUCAUUCUUACUGGCGACAACAUUACUGCGCAGCAAGCUGGCGAGUGGGGACUUGUCGCCAAGGUUUUCGAGACACCCGAGGAGUGCGUCAACGGUGCUAUUGCGACGGCAGAGAAGAUCGCAUCCUAUAGCCAGAUUGCCGUCAAGGCUGCCAAGGAGGUUGUGAACAAGAGCCAGGACCUCGGUAUCCGGGAGGGUGUUGAGUAUGAAAGGAGGGUCUUCCAUGGACUGUUCGGGAGUGAGGAUCAGAAGAUUGGAAUGACUGCUUUUGCAGCCAAAGAGAAGGCCAAGUGGAUGCACAAGUGA